AUGAAUCCACACUCUGACAAACACACUAAUACUGGAGCAGAGAGCACACACCACGGGCACCAAGCAGCACACCACGGAGCACACCACGGAGCACACCACGGAGCACACCACGGAGCACAUCACGGGCACCAAGCAGCACACCACGGAGCACACCACGGGCACCAAGCAGCACACCACGGACACCAAGCACACACCACGGAGCACACCACGGAGCACAUCACGGGCACCAAGCAGCACACCACGGAGCACACCACGGGCACCAAGCAGCACACCACGGACACCAAGCACACACCACGGAGCACACCACGGAGCACACCACGGAGCACAUCACGGGCACCAAGCAGCACACCACGGAGCACACCACGGGCACCAAGCACACACCACGGACACCAAGCACACACCACGGAGCACACCACGGAGCACAUCACGGGCACCAAGCAGCACACCACGGAGCACACCACGGGCACCAAUCACACACCACGGAGCACAACAUGGGCACCAAUCACACACCACGGAGCACACCACGGGCACCAAGCACACACCACGGACACCAAGCACACACCAUGGGCACCAAGCACACACCACAGAGCACACCACAGACACCAAGCACACACCAUGGGCACCAAGCACACAACACGGAGCACACCACGGGCACCAAGCACACACCAUGGGCACCAAGCACACACCACGGAGCACACCAUGGGCACCAAGCACACACCACGGGCACCAAGCACACACCAUGGAGCACCAAGCACACACCACGGGCACCAAACACACACCAUGGAGCACCAAGCACACACCACGGGCACCAAGCACACACCACGGGCACCAAGCACACACCACGGAGCUCACCACGGGCACCAAGCACACACCAUGGAGCACCAAGCACACACCACGGGCACCAAGCACACACCACGGGCACCAAACCAACAACACGUGGCACUAGGCUCUGCAGUAACACAGUGUGGACAAGAAACUACAACCUACCCAGAUAAGACAGGAUGA